AUGGGAUCAUUUGAGAAUAAUAUUAGUGAAGGUGUUGUAACCAAGCAAGAUUAUGAAAUUUUGAAGACUAGAAUGAAGGGAGCAGUAGCUAAUUAUAAUGACUUUGAUGAUGCACUGCAUUUAUUUGCAACAAAAGAAGUGCGUAAUUUUAAUAUAUCAAAGUUAGCUGAAUUAAGAGAUAAUAACAAUGCUCUUGUACCAGUUUUGAAAGUUGAAGCUCGAACAAAUUGUGUUAAAGCUAAAAUAGCUUCUACUGAUGAAGCUCAAGGAUUGGAACAGAAUUUAUAUUUAGCGAGGGGAUGUAAUAUUAUGCUGAGAACAAAUCUUUGGUUGGCUAAAGGAUUAGUUAAUGGUGCUAUGGGUUCAGAUGUAGUACCUGUGCCCACUAUGUUGAGCAGUUGGACAAAUCGGCAUAAUGAAUCAUUGUCUCGCAUUCAAUUUCCAAUAUCAUUGAGCUAUGCUUGUUCGAUCCAUAAAUCUCAAGGACUUACUUUGUCAAAGGCUGUUGUUCACAUUGGUGAGAAGGAAUUCGCACUUGGUUUGACAUAUGUUGCUAUGUCGAGGGUGACAGAUUUGUUGUAA